AUGCUUUGGGCAGCAGUUCUUUUUAUAUUUGUUACAGCAAGAGCUGGAAAUCCUGUGUGUCACUUACAAGGAAGACCAGAAGUGUCCCAGUUUUCUAAAGAUGGAGACUUAAUCAUUGGAGGAAUCUUUUCUUUCCAUAACAUUGUUGUAGAUGACAAGCCAACAUAUAUUACUACACCUAAGCCAUCAAAAUGCAAUGGAUUAAAUCCUCGUGAGUUUCAGUUUGUUGAAAGUGUUAUCUUUGCCAUAGAAAAUAUCAAUAACCGCACGGAUAUACUGCCUGGUGUGACUUUAGGUUACAAAAUUUACGAUGACUGCAGUUCCAUUCCUUUAGCAAUCGGAGCAGCAAUGGCAUUAGUGAACGGACAGGAAGAAAUAUGGCAAAGUGAUGAAUCGUGUAACAAGUCGUCAACAGUUGCAAUAAUUGGACUGUCUGAAUCACAAUUAAGCAAAGCUGUUGCCACUGUCUUAAGGCCAUUUCACAUACCACUGAUAAGUUAUUAUUCAACCUGUGCAUGUCUAAGUGACAGACAGGAGUUUCCCACAUUUUUUCGGACAAUACCAAGUGACUUUUAUCAAAGCAGAGCCCUGGCACAACUUGUGAAGCAUUUUGGAUGGGCUUGGAUAGGAACAGUGAGAAGUGACAACAACUACGGCCAAGUAGGAAUGGCUACAUUUAUUGAAGCUGUCCAACAAGAGGGAGUUUGUGUUGAAUAUUCAGAAGCUAUUUUUAGAAAUAAUCCAAGAGAAAAUUUCAUUAAAACAGCAAACAUCAUUAAGAAAUCAUCUGCAAAAGUUAUUGUAUCUUUUUCUUCGUUUAAAGACAUGGAACUUCUGAUAAAAGAACUGAUUAAUCAAAAUGUCACUGGUUUGCAGUGGCUAGGAAGUGAAGGCUGGAUUUCUAGUGAUUAUCUGGCAACAAAAGAAAGUUACCAAGUACUUGGUGGAGCAAUUGGGGUUGCCAUUACUAAUGCAAACAUAACUGGUCUUCUUGAAUAUUUACAAUCAGUAAAACCUUCAGAUAUUCCUGGGAAUAGUGGUUUAAAUGAGCUUUGGGAAAGCACAUUCAACUGUACCCUGACUGACCAUAAAUUGACUGGGAAAAUUAGCUCAUGCACUGGAAAUGAAAAUUUCAGUCAAGUCAGUAGUCAAUACAAUGAUGUGACAGAACUCCGAAUUACUAAUAAUGCCUAUAAAGCAGUCUACGCUAUUGCAUAUUCACUACAUAAUCUGUAUAAAUGCCAAAAUGACCUACUGAAAUGUUUAAAGACAAGAAAGGUUGAGCCAUGGGAGGUACUUAAACAUAUAAAAAUGGUGAAUUUCACAACCAGAGAUGGUGAAAAUGUUUUCUUUGAUGCUAAUGGAGAUCCAACUGCAAGAUAUGAGCUAGUAAAUUGGCAACUUACUGAUCAAGGUAACACAAAAAUUGUUACAAUUGGCAUCUAUGAUUCAUCUUUACCAGAAAAGCAGAGGUUCAAAAUGAAUAAUGUCAGUAUUGUUUGGGGUGGAGAUCCCAACAAGAUGAUUAGAUCUGUAUGCAGUGAAAGCUGCCAACCAGGCUCUCGAAAGGCUUUGAAGAAAGGAAAACCUGUUUGCUGCUUUGACUGCUUGCCAUGUGCGGAAGGUGAAAUCAGUAAUUGUACAGAUUCAUUGGACUGCAUGGCCUGCCCCUUGGAGUUCAAGUCAAAUGAUCAAAGAAAUCAAUGCAUUCUUAAAAAUACUGAAUUUCUUUCAUUUGGAGAAUUAAUGGGCACAUUACUUGUCAUAUUUUCUUUGGUUGGUACUUGCAUAACUCUAGCAACAGGAAUUAUUUUCUAUUUUUAUAGAGACACUCCAAUUGUCAAGGCAAACAAUUCAGAGCUAAGCUUUCUUCUCUUGUUCUCUUUAACUCUGUGUUUCCUGUGCUCACUCACAUUCAUUGGUGAGCCAACUGACUGGUCUUGUAUGCUACGCCAUACAAGUUUUGGCAUUACUUUUGUUCUUUCCAUUUCUUGCAUUUUGGCUAAAACAAUUGUGGUAUUGAUGGCUUUUAGGGCUACUCUGCCCGGGAAUAAUGUUAUGAAAUGGUUUGGACCAACUCAACAGAGACUGAGUGUUUUUGCAUUAACAUUAGUACAGACUUUUCUUUGUAUAUCAUGGCUUAUAAUUUCCCCUCCUUUUCCAAACAGGAAUAUGCAACACUAUAAAGAUAAAAUAAUUUUAGAAUGUAACUUUGGAUCAACGUUUGCCUUUUAUGCCAUGUUAGGUUACAUAGGCCUUCUUUCAACCAUGUGUUUUGUACUUUCGUUUCUGGCACGUAAACUACCAGAUAAUUUUAAUGAAGCAAAAUAUAUCACUUUCAGCAUGCUGAUAUUUUGUGCUGUCUGGAUUACUUUCAUUCCAGCUUAUAUCAGUUCUCCAGGAAAAUAUACAGUAGCAGUAGAAAUAUUUGCAAUUCUGGCUUCUAGCUUUGGAAUACUUUUCUGCUUUUUUUCACCAAAAUGUUACAUUAUUUUAUUAAAGCCUGAGAAAAAUACAAAGAAGUAUUUAAUGGGAAAAACAACAUCAUUCUUAAACCUGAUGGAACUACAGUUGGCUCAGACAAUGAUUUUCGCUAUUGAAGAAAUAAAUAAUAACACAUAUCUUCUGCCAGACCUUUCCGUAGGCUAUAAGAUUUACAGUGACUGUAGUUCUGUAACUCUUGCAACAGAUGCUGCAAUGGCACUAGUGAAUGAUCCAAAUGAAGAAACAUUUUCUAAAAACCAUUGUGAAAAAACAUCUAAUGUUCAUGCACUUAUAGGACUUUCUGAAUCACCACUAAGCAUUUCUGUUGCAACAGUAAUUGCUCCAUUUCGUAUACCAAUGAUUAGCUACUUUGCCACAUGUGCUUGCCUAAGUAAUAGGAAAGAAUUUCCAACAUUUUUCAGAACAAUACCAAGUGAUUACUACCAAAGCAAAGCCCUAGCACAGCUGGUGAAAUACUUCGGGUGGACUUGGAUUGGAGUAAUACGAAGUGACAAUGAAUAUGGAAUCAAUGGAAUGGCUACCUUUAUUGAAACUGUUCAGCUAGAAGGUGUUUGCAUAGACUAUGUUGCUAUUAUCUCUAGAAACAAUCCACGAGAACGAUACCUUGAAACUGUCAAUAGUAUUAAACAUUCAACUUCUAAAGUUAUUGUGGCUUUCACAUCUUCUGUAGAUUUGGAGAAUUUAAUUCAGGAAAUGUUAAUUCAGAAUAUUACUGACUUACAAUGGGUAGGAAGUGAAGGGUGGAUUUCUAAUAUCAAAUUAGCAACAAAUGAAACAUACAGAAUUCUUGGUGGUGCCAUUGGAUUUGCAACAAGCAAUGCACAGAUACCAGGUUUGAAAGAGUUUCUAAUUAACCUCCAUCCUUCUGAAAAUCAUGGAAGCUCCAUUUUGGAUGAGGUUUGGGAAAGUAUUUUUAACUGCAGCUUGACUCUGAAAAAUAGUACUGACAUGAAUAAUCUUUGUGAAAAAACUGAUACCUUAAGUCAAGUAAAUAACCUGUACACUGAUGUUUCAGAUUUGAGAAUUGCUAAUAAUGUUUAUAAAGGGGUAUAUGCAUUAAUCCAUGCAGUUCAUGAUAUAUCCAUAUGUGGUAAAUCUAAAAUGACACAAAAUAAUUGCACAGAAAUUCUGGAAAUAAAACCAUGGCAGAUACUUCAGUCCUUGAAACAAGUCAACUUUACAACUAAGCAAGGAGAAAAUGUUUAUUUUGAUGAUAAUGGAGACCCAGCGACUCGUUAUGAAUUACUAAACUGGCAAGUCAAUGCAGAAGGGUUAAUUAAAUUUGUAACUGUUGGAAUCUAUGAUGCAUCUCUACCAGAAAGAAAACAACUUAUAAUUAAUAACAGCUCCAUUAUCUGGGCAGGAUCACAGAAUAAGAUGCCAAAAUCAGAAUGCAGUAAGAGCUGUGAACCAGGAACCUAUAAGGCUAUUCAACAAGGGAGGCCAAUCUGUUGUUUUGACUGCAUACCCUGUGCAGAUGGAGAAAUCAGCAAUGUAACAGAUUCUAUUGAAUGUUUAAAGUGUCCCGAGGAAUAUAGAUCCAGUGAGGAAAAAGAUAAAUGCAUCAUGAAGGAUGUUGAGUUUUUAACAUUUGGAGAAAUCAUGGGAAAGCUGCAGUUUUCUCUGCAGCAAGAUAACUUACAAGACAACUGCACAUCUCCUUCCUCUUCUGAAUGCAAUACUCUAAAAAAUGCCAGUCUUUCACCUACCCCUCAAUCAUGUGAGCAAGGAUGUUCCAGAAAACUUUUAAGAGAAGCCAGCCCCUCUGGAAUCAUUCAACUACCAAGCCCUGAAUACAUAUUUCAUAGUAACAGUGAGUUGCAGCAGGUAAUGGAUCAAAUGUGUUGUAUUCUUAGUUGGAAUAAUCUUAACUACAUCACAGAAGUUAAGAGCAGAUGGACCAGUUUUUAUGGAAAAGCACAGUUUUAUGGUGUAACGAAGAAGUUCCUGAAGCCUCCACAUAUGCACGAUGAGGUGAAAAAUGCCAUUGCCAUGUUUAGAGCUCUGCCGUCCAUGUUACCUUCACUUUCUCUACCCCCAAAAAAGCUGGGAAACAAAACAUGA